UGUUAGGCUCGCCCGCUACUGAACAAUCGAGCUGUCAGAAUACAGUUGUGAACACAAAAAGCUGUUUAUGUUAGCGAGUUGUUUGGCUACGGGUGUAGGGAUUCGUUUGGUUGUUCAUUUACCUAACGUUUUAACGGACUAAUAACUUGUCCACACGGUCCAUCGUUAUUUCAGAUAUCUUUGGCACGUCUACGGUUUUGUCUACUCAUCCACCGGCCACGUCCUUGCAACCUCAACAAUGGCUGAUCCCAAAUACGCCAAUUUGCCUGGAAUCGUAAGUGUACUUUUAGCUUGUUAGUUAAGUUAGCUAGCCAGUGUCUCGUUAUAGCUAGCUAUCUGGCUCGAUAAGAUGUUUGUAACAUGUUCCCUAGCAAAACCACAGGAGCCAGGCUAGCUAGCAUUACUGGCUAACGCUGUCUAUGUUAAGCUAACGCUAGUUAGUUACAGUAACGUUAGCUGUCCUGGUUAACUAACGUUAGCUACCUCUCUAACCUAGUUACCCGUGCAUUGAAAUGGUCUGCUUUUAACAAACAUCUUUCAAGCAGCUCCCAUCAAGCAUAUAACCAAAUAUGAUCCAAAGUUUUGUAUAUCUGUUCAUUGUUCUAACUAUCUGUGAUAUAACUGUAGCUAUUCUUCCGACAGCUAGCUAGCUAGCUAGCCUAACAGAGGCUAGCUAAUCCAGCCUUGUGAUUGAAUGGGCGUUGGCCAGCUAACUAGUUAUCUUGAUAACAUUAGCUGAGAGUGGUUGGGUGGUUCCACUCAUUGGGUAUUGUAAAAUUGAUAACCACAGUAAACACACAGCUAAUACGGCAACUUAAAAAAUAAAAAUGUCCUUAAUGUGUGUAAGACUGAGUGACUUGACAAAAAUAUAUAAUCCUCUGAGCAGGCUAACUGUACCAGUGUCGUUAAUGUUGCAUUGACAAAUAGCCAGCUAUGUCACUGUCAUUUUGCUGUUAUGGAAUACGAGUCGUUGUCUUCCACAGGCGUCCAACGAGCCAGAUGUGUAUGAGACCAGUGACCUGCCAGAAGAUGAUCAGGCCCAGUUUGAGUCAGUGAGUGAAACAUGGAGGGAGGGUUUUGAAAAAAAGUUUGCUGCAGCCUCUUGAUCCCAACACACCAGUGUUGCUGAUUGUCACAUCCUCUCUAAAAACCACUGCAUGAUCCAGAGUAGCCCAAGAUGUACUCUUAAGGAGCCUACCAUUACUCUUUAAGGUUAUUUUCAGAGGUAGACUGGCACUGGCAGGUAAAACAGCCAAGUACUCCAUCGAAACCUGCAUCAAUUCUCAAUUGCAACACAGUUUUGGAAACAUAAAGCCCUACUUUCAUAUCACGUCAAAAUAAUUUCACAAAUGCAAAAUAUAUACUUACUGUGCACUGUUUUAAGUGGCUUUAUCACAGUUGCAGCUGACUGUAUUUUUUUUUUUAGUGACAACACGUUUCUGGCGGCCUUCUUCUGUUACACACAUGUGUUCGGAGCAUGCUAGAUACCUUAUUAGUGCAGGUGGACCCUCUGUCUUCCGGAAACGCGCGCUGUAACAUGGAGAUAUGACCGCGUGGGAACCCUGACCCUAUAAAGGUGUAUCAAUUUAACCCUUUUUGUUUUUUUGAAAAAACAAUCUAGCAGAUAUGAAAGAUAAGGUCCUUAUGAUUCCAAAACCGUACCUUAAGCGAUGCGUGUUAAUGUUCAGACCAAGCGUCGGGGCUCUUAACAAAACUCCCCCCGUACAGAAGACGCCUUCGUUUAAUGACUCAUGUGUGUAUUGGAACUGAGUGUCAUGAUCAAGGGCUAAAUCCAGAGAUGCAGAUCAAUGGUCACUGAUUUAUUGAUUUUUGCAUCUCUGGAUCAUCGUGCUGUAUCAUGGAUCAACUGUGAAGUAGAUACCUAAAUGUGUUGACUGACUCCCACCAGUGACACCACCAAUCCUAAUGGCGUUUUCCCUCCCCAUGUCCCUCCUUCCCUCCCCUUUUUCCUCCCUGUCCCCCCGCCUGGUCUUGUUUUUCCUCCCAUUGUCCCCCUCCCCCUCCCUCCCUCCCGUCUUUGUUUUCCUCCCAUGUCCCCUCCCUCCCUCCAUUGGUCUUGUUUCCUCCCAUGUCCCCUCCCUCCCGUUCGGUCUGUUUCCUCCCAUGUCCCCUCCCUCCCCCCCCGUGGUCUUGUUUCUCCAAUGCCCCCUCCCCCCCUGUGGUUUUGUUUUCCUCCCAUGUCCCCUCCCUCCCUCCUUUGGUCUUGUUUUCUCCCAUGCCCCCCUCCCUCCCCCCUUUCGUCGGGUUUCCCACCAUGUCCCCUCUCCCCCGUUGGUCUUGUUUUUUCCCCCCAUGUCCCCUCCCUCCGUGUCGUCUUGUUUCCUCCCAGUCCCUCCCUCCCUCCGUCGGUCUUUUUUUCCUCCCAUGUCCCCUCCCUCCUCCGUGGUCUUGUUUCCCUCCCAUGUCCCCCCUCCCUCUUUGGGUUCUUGUUUUCCCUCCAUGUCCCCUCCCUCCCUGUUGGUCUUUUUUUUUUCCUCCCAUGUCCCCUCCCUCCUACCGUGGUUUGUUUUCCUCCCAUGUCCCCCCCUCCCUCCGUUGGUCUUGUUUCCUCCAUGUCCUCUCCGUGGUCUUGUUUUCCCCCCAUGUCCCUCCCCCCCUUUGGGUCUUGUUUCCUCCCAGUCCCCUCCCCUCCUUUUCGGUCUUUUUUCCCCCUGCCCUCCCCUCCUUGUCCCCGCCCUCCCUCCGUGGGUCUGGUUUCCCUCCCAUGUCCCCUCCCUCCCCCGGGUCGGUCUUGUUUUCCCCCCAUGCCCCCUUCCCUCCCUCCGUCGGUCUUGUUUUCCUCCCAUGUCCCCUCCCUCCCUCCGUCGGUCUUUUUUUCCUCCCAUGUCCCCUCCUCCCCCGUCGGUUUUGUUUCCUCCCAUUUCCCCCUCCCUCCUCGGUCUGUUUUCCCCCCAGUCCCCUCCCUCCCUCCUUUGGUCUUGUUUCCUCCCAUGGCCCCCUCCCUACAUUGGUCUUGUUUCCUCCAUGUCCCUCCCUCCCUCCGUUGGUCUUGUUCCCUCCCAUGUCCCCUCCUCCUGUUGUUUUUGUUUUCCUCCAUGUCCCCUCCCUCCCCGUUGGUCUUGUUUCCCUCCAUGUCCCCUCCCUCCCUCCGUGGUCUUGUUUCCUCCAAGUCCCCCCUCCCCCCUCCGUUGGUUUUGGUUUUCCUCCAUGCCCCCUCCCUCCUCCGGUGGUUUUUUUCCCUCCCAUGUCCCCUCCCUCCUGGUGGUUUGUUUCCCCUCCCAUGUCCCCUCCUCCCCUGUUGGUCUUGUUUCCUCCAUGUCCCUCCUCCCUCCGUCGGUCUUGUUUUCUCCCAUGUCCCUCCCUCCCCCCGCGGGUCUUGUUUCUCCCAUGUCCCCUCCCCCUCGUCGGUCUUUUUUCCUCCAUGUCCCUCCCUCCCGGUGGUCUUGUUUUCCUCCCAUGUCCCCUCCCCCUCGGUUGUUUCCCUCCAGUCCCUCCCCUCUGGUCUUGUUUUCCUCCCAUGUCCCCUCCCUCCUGUUGGUCUUGUUUCCCUCCCAUGUCCCCUCCCCCUACGUGGUUUUGUUUCCUCCCAUGUCCCUCCCUCCCUGUGGUCUUUUUUUCCCUUUCCAGUCCCCUCCCUCCUGUUGGUCUUUUUUCCCCUCCAUGCCCCCUCCCUCCCUCGUUGGUUUGUUUUCCUCCAUGUCCCUCCUCCUCCGUCGGUCUUGUUUUCUUCCCAUGUCCCUCCCCCCUGUUGGGUCUUGUUUCCCCCAUGCCCCCUCCACCUCGUUGGUCGUUUCCCUCCCUCCCUCCCUCCGUCGGGUUUGUUUCCCCCCCUUCCCCCCCUUUUUUUCCCUCCCUCCCCUCCUCGUUGUCUUGUUUUCCUCCCAUUCCCUCCCUCCUCAUUUGGUCUUGUUUUCCUCCCAUGUCCCCCCUCCCCCGUUGGUUUGUUUUUCCCCCAUGUCCCUCCCUCCCCCUUGGUUUUCUUUUUUUCCCUCCCAUGUGCCCCCUCCCCAUUGGUCUUGUUUUCCUCCCAUGUCCCCUCCCUCCCUAUGUUGGUUUGUUUUCCCCCCAUGUCCCCCUCCCUCCUUUGGUCUUGUUUCUCCAUGUCCCCCUCCCUCCCCUGUUGGUCUGUUUUCCUCCAAGUCCCCUCCCUCCCGUUGGUCUUUUUUCCCUCCCAGUCCCCUCCCUCCUCGUUGGCUUGUUUUCCUCCCAUGUCCAUCCCUCCUCCUUUCGGUCUUGUUUCCUCCAUUGUCCUCCCUCUGUUGGUCUUGUUUCCUCCAUGUCCCUCCUCCCUCCGUUGGUCUUGUUCCUCCCAUGUCCCCCCCUCCUUGGUUUGGUUUUUUCUCCAUGUCCCUCCCUCCCUCAUUGGUUUGUUUUCCUCCAUGUCCCUCCCCCUCCGUGGUCUUGUUUUCCUCCUUUGUCCCUCCCUCCCUCCGUCGGUCUUGUUUCCCUCAUGCCCCCUCCCCCUCCGUUGGUCUGUUUUCCUCCCAUGGUCCCUCCCUCCAGGUUGGUCUUGUUUUCCCCCCUCUCCAUGUCCCCAUCCCCUCCCUCCCUCCGUUGUCUUGUUUCCUCCAUGUCCCCCUCCCUCCAUUUGGUCUUGUUUCCUCCCAGUCCCCCCCCUCCCUCCUUGGUCUUGUUUCCCCCCAUGUCCCCCCUCCCUCCCUCCGUCGGUCUUGUUUUCCCCAUGUCCCUCCCCCCCUCCGUUGGUUUUGUUUCCUCCAUGUCCCUCCCCCCCUGUUGGUCUGUUUUUCCCCCAAAUGUCCCCUUCCCCCCUCCGUCGGUCUUGUUUUUUCUCCCAUGUUCCCCUCCCUCCUCCUUUGGUCUUGUUUCUCCCAUGUCCCUCCUCCUUGGUCUUGUUUUUCCCAUGUCCCCUCCCUACGUCGGUUCUUUUUUUACCCCAAUGUCCCUCCUCUCCUCCGUGGUCUUGUUUUCCUUCCAAUUUUGGCCUCCCUCCCUCACUAGGUCUUGUUUUCCUCCGUCCAAUCCUCCCUAUUGGUCUUGUUUUCCUCCAUGUCCCUCCCUCCCCCCCUGGUUGGUUUGUUUUCCUCCCAUGGUCCCUCCCUCCCUCCGUGGUCUUGUUUUCCUCCCAUGUCCCCUCCCUCCUUGGUCUUUUUUUCCCCCAUGUCCCCUCCCUCCUGUUGGUUUGUUCCUCCAAAUGUCCCCUCCCUCCCUCGUCGGUUUUGUUUCCUCCGUCCCCUCCCUCCUCCGUGGCUUGUUUCCCUCCCAUGUCCCUCCCCCUCGUUGGUUUUGUUUUCCUCCCAUGUCCCCUCCCUCCCCCGUCGGUCUUGUUUUCCUCCCAUGUCCCCCCCUCCCUCCUUGGCUUGUUUUCCCUCCCAUGUCCCCACCUCCUCCGUUGGUCUUGUUUCUCCCAUGUCCCCUCCCUCCUCGUCGGUUUUGUUUUCCUCCCAUGUCCCCUCCCUCCCUCUUGGUUUUGUUUCCUCCCAUGUCGCCUCCCCCCCUCCUUUGGUUUGUUUUCCUCCAUGUCCACCCUCCUACGUGGUCUUGUUUUCUCCCAUGUCCCUCCUCCCCCUGGUUUUGUUUUCUCCCAUGUCCCUCCUCCCUCCAUUGGUCUUGUUUUCCUCCAUGUACCCCCUCCCUCCUUUGGUCUUGUUUUCCUCCCAGUCCCCCCCUCCCUCCGUCGGUCUUGUUUUCUCCCAGUCCCCUCCCCCCUUUGGUCUUGUUUUCCCCCAUGCCCUCCCUCCCCAUUGGUCUUGUUUUCUCCCAGUCCCCUCCCCCCCGUGGUCUUGUUUCUCCAUGUCCAUCCCUCUCCUUGGUUUGGUUUUCUCCCAUGUGCCCUCCCUCCAUUGGUCUUGUUUUCCUCCAUGCCCUCCCUCCCCCUCCUGUUGGUCUUGGGUUUCUCCCAUGUCCCCUCCCUCCCUCCGUAGGUCUGUGUUUUUCUCCCAUGUCCCCUCCCUCCUUGGUUUGUUUCCUCCCAGUGCCCUCCUCCAUUGGUCUUUUUUUUCCCUCCCAUUCCCCUCCCUCCCUCCAUUGGUUUUGUUUUCCUCCCAUGUCCCCCCCCUCCCCCCUUUGGUCUUUUGUUUUCCUCCCAGUCCCCUCCCUCCUGUUGGUCUUGUUUUUCUCCAAUGUCCCCCCCAAUCCCUCCUGUUGGUCUUUUUUUCCUCCCAUGUCCCCUCCCUCCCUCCGUCCGGUUUGUUUUCCUCCCAUGUCCCCUCCCUCCUGUUGGUCUUGUUUUCCUCCCAUGUCCCCUCCCCAUCCUGUUGGUCUUGUUUCCUCCCAUUUUCCCUCCCUCCCUCCGUCGGUCUUGUUUCUCCCAUGUCCCUCCUCCCCCCGCGGUCUUGUUCCCUCCCAUGUCCCCCCUCCGGGUUGGUCUUGUUUCCUCCCAUGUCCCCUCCUCCCUCCUUUGGUCUUGUUUUCCCGCCCAUUUCGUGGUCUGUUUCCAUUACCCCCCAUCCCCAAUUCCCCUCACAGUCGGUCUUGUUUUCCUCCCAUGUCCCCUCCCUCCCUCCGUCGGUCUUGUUUUCCUCCCAUGUCCCCUCCCUCCCUCCAUGGUCUUGUUUUCCUCCCAUGUCGCCUCCUUCCCUCCAUUGGUCUUGUUUUCCUCCCAUGUCCCCUCCCUCCGUCGGUCUUGUUUUCCUCCCAUGUCCCCUCCCUCCCUCCAUUGGUCUUGUUUUCCUCCCAUGUCCCCUCCCUCCCUCCCUCCUGUUGGUCUUGUUUUCCUCCCAUGUCCCCUCCCUCCCUCCGUCGGUCUUGUUUCCCUCCCAUGUCCCCUCCCUCCCUCCGUCGGUCUUGUUCCCUCCCAUGUCCCCUCCCUCCAUUGGUCUUGUUUUCCUCCCAUGUCCCCUCCCUCCAUUGGUCUUGUUUUCCUCCCAUGUCCCCUCCCUCCCGUCGGUCCUGUUUUUCUCCCCAACCACCCACCCCUCCUGGGACGCUAGUGUGUACAAGUAAGAGGUUAUUUUUUCUCUCAGUGCAUUUAGUGGAGUUAUCUGCAUGGGUUGUAAAUCCUUCCUUUCCCCUCUUCAAAUUGUAUUGAAAUGACUAUCUGCCUACAUGAUGUGGUGAUGAUGAUGUGCCCCAUUGCUCUUCUGUGAUGAAGUGUUGGAUCCCUUGUUUCACCUAUUGAAAAUGUAGCAGCACUUAUCACAUUACAAGACAUUUUAGUUGGCCUAAUAAUCCUCCCAUUUUCAUUUUGACAUAGACUUGUAGCACAAGGAUAUUGAAUCUACAAUGUCUGUCUGUCUCUGUCUGUCUGUCUGUUGAUAAGACAGUUAUGCUACUGUGUAUGUGUUCUAUCAUCCCUUUCCCCCAACUGUUAACAGAAGCUUACUAACUAACGAUCUUUACUAACUCUGCUUUGCUAGCGAUACAAACACUGGGAUCAAUACUGCAACACACUUUGACAUUCACAAUAUUAGCACAUUGUAUGUCUCAUCAAAGCAGCUCUAAAUCGUCUUCUUUCUAACCAUCUCACUGUGACUUAGGAGCUCAGUCAAUUCCUUUCUUCCACGGACUACAUAAUGCUAACAACACCAGACACUUAGACGAGAGGCUUGAGUUAAGCGCUUUGGGGCCUAUCAUACAAAGGAGAUCAGAUAUUUACAAUAUAUUCACAGUCACACACUGGAUAUAAAAUGCAUAUUUAAGGCCUACCUCCCUGUGUGUACAAUAUGAUGCGUGAUGUAAAUAAAGUUACUGUUGACCAGGGGUGUCAAACUCAUUUUGGACCGGGAGCCGAAUCCGGUCUUCAAUGAGGUCUGGAGGGAUGCACUGAAAAUUGUGCUAUAUAUUCCCUCGCUGUCCAAAGGAUGUGGGGCUGAGAGAGAGAGAGAACAGAGACGUCAUAACGAUCAGACAGUCCGUGUCAUAGUGAACGUCUGCAGCAGUCUGCCUCAGAACACUGGACUCUUUCUUUCUUAUCUCCCCUGGCAGGCUGCUGCUGCUGUGCACGGCGUGUGAUUACCACAUUAAUCUGUUUCUCUUUCUCCUCUUUCUCCCUGUGCUUUUCCUCUUCCUCUAACUCCUCUUGGGAACCCAAGGAGCUGGUAAGAGCUUCACUGACUAACAGACUGACUCCCCUCCUACUCCUAACAUAUAUAUUUGUACCGUCUGUGUCUGGACCGUCAGUACUGUCUGUAUCAGUGGUUAUUGAUUUGAUCCCAUUUGAUUCGUUGGCGCUUAGCCACAUUGAUCACAUCAUCCCUCACCCUAGUGCACAGUUCCCUGAGGCUAGUCAGAAUGAUGCUCUUCUCAGAAUCACUGAUUAAGGGAAUCUGUUUCCUCAAAUGAGCAGAUGGAGAAAGACAUGGAUUUAUAAUUGACUGGAAUAGCUAACUAGCUCAUAGAGAUUAUGUCUAAGUCACAGGACCGGAGAAACUCUGAAACUCUAUUAUAUAUAUAUAUAUAGGCCUAUGUAAUAUGUCUCUAUAGUAUGGCAUCUUCCAUCAAUCAGCUGUGCAAGAGGGAGGUAACUUUCUCAUGUAGAGCAGUGAUUGGUACCUAACCCCAGUGCUGGUCCUCCAGCAAUGCUGACUUUCCAUCCACAUUGUGUUGUCACAAUACACCCCUUUACACAAUUAGUUGUUCCGUUUCAUUGGUCACUAAAGAGCUCAUUUUAAAGACAAUUGAUUGUGGAUUCUGCGAAACCAUUGGGUGCUCAAGAUUCUGAAUGUUUUUUUGUUAAAUCAACCAUCUGAUUCCCUCCUGGAAUAGACAUGCUUCCCCACCUCCUGAAUACAGAUCCAUUUCAAUCUGUGUGUUCUGGUGUUGGUGAGAUGUGUCGUGGGUUUGCGAGUUGGAGUUGGUCGGGCGUCUCACAUGGGUCCUCUCUCACACUGUAGAUGAACAUGAAGUUGAUGUCUCAGCCACCGGAUUGUAUCUAAAUGACUGAUACUGUGUGUGAGUGUUUAUACACCGAGCCAUACAGGUGUGCUUCUGGUAUAUAGGGGACUAGGUUCCCAGGUGGUAUUGAAUCAGCCAGUGUGACAGAUAACCCAUGGAGAGAGAAGAUUGGCACAAAUCACCAUCAAUCAUCAAAUCUGAUCUCCUUUGGAACCAUUUUGGCCUACGUAUGCUUUCAGGUCUUUCAUUUCCAAUCCAUUUUGUGCAUUUGAGAUUUUGUCCUAGUUUUGACCAAGGCUGGGUAUGUUUCCUGUGGUAUCUCAUUAUUCUGGAUGCCUCCUCCUAACAGGAAGAGCUGUGCAGUGACAGUGUGGAAAGGAUCGUGGUCAACCCCAACGCAGCCUACGACAAGUUCAAGGACAAGAGGGUCAGCACUAAAGGACUUGGUCAGUAUACCUUCCAACAGCUGGAUGUCCACAGUGGCAUGAGUUUGGCGUGGGCAGUAUCUCAAUUAGCCUUCCCUUGCCCUUCUCAACCAUAUCAGAGGAGAAAGUCCCAAGGUCUCUCCGCUCAGACCUUUUCCUCCACUGUGUGAGGAGAGAGGAUGCAAGGGAUUGAGGAGUUGAGAAAGCACAGGAGUUCGUCCUCGACUCAAAUCUAAUCAAAUGUAUUUAUAAAGCCCUUUUGAUAUCAGCAGAUGACCGUGUGGAAUCACCAGGAGGAACUCAGGACUUUUCCCUGGUCAUGUAGUCACAUCAUGUAGCCCUUUAAGACAUGAGGCAUUUCCUGAAUUGGUUACAAACCGCCAUCUAAUAUUCUUGUUUUGCCUCUAAUGAAUCUGUGUUUUCUCUCCCAGACUUCUCAGAUCGCAUCAGUAAGAACAAAAGAGUGGGUUAUGAGUCAGGAGAAUAUGAGAUUGUGAGUACAUCCUGCUGCUGCAAUAUUACAUUUCAAAUUGAUUAUAGUUCUAUAAAUAGUGGCAUUGAUUCUGUUGGGACGCAUAACCCGGAGGCAAAAGAAACGCACACCUGUUUAGGCGAGGUGCUGGCUAGCGAAGUAGAACACCUGUUUAGGAGAGGUGCUGGCUAGCGGAGUAGAACACCUGUUUAGGAGAGGUGCUGGCUAGCGGAGUAGAACACCUGUUUAGGAGAGGUGCUGGCUAGCGGAGUAGAACACCUGUUUAGGAGAGGUGCUGGCUAGCAGAGUAGAACACCUGUUUAGGAGAGGUGCUGGCUAGCGGAGUAGAACACCUGUUUAGGAGAGGUGCUGGCUAGCGGAGUAGAACACCUGUUUAGGAGAGGUGCUGGCUAGCGGAGUAGAACACCUGUUUAGGAGAGGUGCUGGCUAGCGGAGUAGAACACCUGUUUAGGAGAGGUGCUGGCUAGCGGAGUAGAACACCUGUUUAGGAGAGGUGCUGGCUAGCGGAGUAGAACACCUGUUUAGGAGAGGUGCUGGCUAGCAGAGUAGAACACCUGUUUAGGAGAGGUGCUGGCUAGCGGAGUAGAACACCUGUUUAGGAGAGGUGCUGGCUAGCGGAGUAGAACACUUGAAAAAGAAAAGGAGAGUCUCACUCUAGGAGCUCAGAUGUUAUAAUUUCAUAACCUAACAACCAAAGUUUCGACAGACAAGCUGUCUUCAUCAGGGUAUAAGCAUAACCCAUCGUUAGAUUUAGAAAAAUGAGAAUUUCUGUGAAAUCAAUCGCAAGACCUUUUACACGUCCAGUUUAAUCGUGUGUAUAAUGAUUUUGCUGUCUGUUCUGACACUCCAGUGUAUUGUCUGAAUGUUAACUCUGUUUUCCUCCUCUCACUCUUCCUCCUUUCUCUCUCCAUCCCUGUCUAGUUGGCGGAGGGCUGUGGGGUGAAGGAAACUCCCCAGCAGAAGUACCAGCGGCUGGUUAAUGAGAUCCAGGAGCUCAGUCAGGAGGUGGAGACCAUCCAGGUACAACCCCUACACCCUAGACCACCCAGGUCAGACAGACGGUGCCAAACAACCCCUACACCCUAGACCACCCAUCUUUAUACCCCAUUGACCUUUACCCACCCCAAACCACCUAUCUUUAUACCCUAUUGACCUCUACCCACCCCCAAACCAGUGGUUGUCAUUUCCCUGGUUAUGUGCUGAUCACAUGUGUCUAUCCUCCUCUCCCCUCAGGAGACCACAAGGGACAGCAGUUCAGAGGAGCGUCUGACUCCUGUAGUCCUAGCCCAGCAGGCUGCCCAGCUCAAACAGCAGCUGGUCUCUGCCCAUCUGGACUCUCUGCUGGGACCACAGGCACAUAUUAACCUAGCUGAUCCAGAUGGAGCACUGGCCAAGUAAGAGAGGGAAAAGGGAUGGGGGGGGGGGGAGAGAGAUGGAAAGGGAGGAGAGAGAUGGAAAGGGAGGGGAGGGGAGGGGGAGAGAAAGAAAGGGAUGGGAGAGAAGGAAAGGGAGGGGAGAGAAGGAAAGGGAGGGAGGGGAGAGAAGGAAGGGGAGGGAGGGGAGAGAAGGAAGGGGGAGGGCGGAGAGGGAGAGGGAAGGGAGGGAGGGGAGAAAAUGAAAGGGAGGGGAGGGGAGGGGAGGGGGGAGAGAGAGGGAAGGGGGGGGGAGAGAGAGGGAGGGGAGGAGGGCGGGCGGAGGGGGGGGGGGAAUGAAAGGGAGGGGAGGAGAGGGAUGGGGGGAGAGAGGGAGGGGAGGGGGAGAGGGAAGGGGGGAGGGAGGGAGGGGAAAGGAGGGAAGGGGGAGGGGGAGGGGAGCGAGAGAGGAGGGAAGGGGGAGAGAGGGAAGGGGGGGAGAGAGGGAAGGGGAGGAGAAGGGGGAGGGAGGGAAGGAGGGAAGGGGGGAGGGAGGGGAAAGGAGGGAGAGAGAGGGAAAGGGGGGGGAAAGAGGGAGAGAGAGGGAAAGGGGGGAGAGAGAGAGGGGAUGGGAUGGAGAGAGGGGAUGGGAUGGAGAGAGGGAAAGGGAUGGAGAGAGAGAGAGGGAAAGGGGAUGGAGAGGGGGGGAGAAAGAGGGAAGGGGAGGAGGGAGGGCGGAGGGGGGGGGGGGGGGGGGGGGGAAUGAAAGGGAGGGGAGGAGAGGGAUGGGGGGAGAGGGAGGGGAGGAGGGAGGGGAAAGGAGGGAAGGGGAGGAGGGAGAGGGAAGGGGGGAGAGAGGGAAGGGGGAGGAGGGAGGGGAAAGGAGGGAAGGGGGGGAGAGAGAGGGAAGGGGAGGAGGGAGGGGAAAGGAGGGAAGGGGGGGGAGAGAGAGGGAAGGGGAGGAGGGAGGGGAAAGGAGGGAGAGAGAGGGGAAAGGGGGAGAGAGAGAGCGAGAGAGGGAAAGGGGGGGAAAGAGGGAGAGAGAGGGAAAGGGGGAUGGAGAGAGAGAGGGGAUGGGAUGGAGAGAGAGGGGGAAAGGGAUGGAGAGAGAGAGAGGGAAAGGGAUGGAGAGAGAGGGAAAGGGGGGGGGGGGAAGAGAGGGGGGGAAAGGGAUGGAGAGAGGGAAAGGGGGGGAGAAAGAGGGAGGGAAAGGGGGGGGAGAGAGGGAGGGACUCACUGUAGCCAUGAAAUGCUUUGAAAGGCUGGUCAUGGCUCACAUCAACUAUCAUCCUGGACCCACUCCAAUUCAUAUACCGCUCCAACACAUCCACAGGUGACUCAAUCUCUAUUGCCCUCCACACUGCCCUUUCCCACCUGGACAAGAGGAACACCUAUGUGAGAAUACUGUUCAUUGACUACAGCUCAGUGUUCAACACCAUAGUCCCCUUCAAAGCUCAUCACUAAGCUAAGGACCCUGGGACUGAACACCUCACUCUGCAACUGGAUCCUGGACUUCCUGACGGGCCGCCCCCAGGUGGUAAGGGUAGGCAACAACACAUCCGCCACACUGACCCUCAACACAGGGCUCCUCAGGGGUGCGUGCUUAGUCCCCUCCUGUACCUCCUGUUCACCCACGACUGCGUGGCCAAGCACGACUCCAACACCACCAUUAAGUUUGCCAACAACACGACGGUGGUAGGCCUGAUCACCGACGACGAUGACACAGCCUAUAGGGAGGAGGUCAGAGACCUGGCAGUGUGGUGCCAGGACAACAACCUCUCCCUAAACAUCAGCAAGACAGGCGCUGAUCGUGGACUACAGGAAACGGAGGGCCGAGCACGCCCCAAUUCACAUCGACGGGGCUGCAGUGGAGCGGGCAGAGAGCUUCAAGUUCCUCUGCGUUCACAUCACUAAGGAUCUAUCAUGGUUCACACACACCAACACAGUUGUGUAGAGGGCACGACAACGCAUCUUCCCCCUCAGGAGGCUGAAAAGAUUUGGCAUGGUACCUCAGAUCCUCAAAAAGUUCAUCACUGGGGCCGAGCUCCCUGCUAUUCAGGACCUCUAUACCAGGCGGUGUCAGAGGAAGGCCCUAAAAAUUGUCAGACUCCAGUCACCCAAGUCGUAUACUGUUCUCUCUGCUACCACAUGGCAAGCGGUACCAGAGCGCCAAGUCUAGGACCCUAAACAUCUUCUACCCCCAAGCCAUAAGACUGCUAAAUAUAAACGCAACAUGCAACAAUUUACAGUUCAUAGAAGGAAAUCAGUCAAUUGAAAUACAUUCAUUAGGUCCUAAUAUAUGGAUUUCACCUGACUCCGAAUGUAGAUGUGCAUCUGUUGGUCACAGAUUUCUAAAAAAAGGCGUGGAUCAGACAACCAGUCAGUAUCUGGUGUGACCACAUUUGCCUCAAGUAGACCGACACAUCUCCUUCACAUAGAGUUGAUCAGGCUGUUGAUUGUGGCCUCUUCAAUGGCUCUGCUAAGUUGCUGCAUAUUGGCGGGAAUUGGAACAUGCUGUCGUACACAUCGAUCCAGAGCAUCCCAAACAUGCUCAAUGAGUGACAUGUCUGAGUAUGCAGGCCAUGGAAGAACUGGGACAUUUUCAGCUUCCAGGAAUUGUAUACAGAUCCUUGCGAUAUGGGGCCGUGCAUUAUCAUGCUGAAACAUGAGGUGAUGGCAGCGGAUGAAUGGCACGACAAUGGGCCUCAGGAUCUCGUCACGGUAUCUCUGUGCAUUCAAAUUGACAUCGAUAAAAUACAACUGUGUCCCUCUCUUUCUCUCUCCAUCUCCAUGGCAGACGUCUGUUAACCCAGCUGGAGGCAGUGAGGGGCAGUAGGGGCAGUACAGGGGAGGGGAAGGCCCCGGCAGCAGCUAAAGGUCCUGAUGGUGUGGUGCUGUAUGAACUACAUAGCCGGCCAGAGCAGGAGAAGUUCACAGAUGCUGCCAAGGUAUGGAGCCCAGGGCAAUAGGAGUGUGUUAUGGUAUGGAGCACAGGGCAAUGGGAGUGUGUUAAGGUAUGGAGCCCAGGGCAAUGGGAGUGUGUUAAGGUAUGGAGCCCAGGGCAAUGGGAGUGUGUUAUGGUAUGGAGCCCAGGGCAAUGGGAGUGUGUUAAGGGAUGGAGCCCAGGGCAAUGGGAGUGUGUUAUGGUAUGGAGUCCAGGGCAAUGGGAGUGUGUUAUGGUAUGGAGCCCAGGGCAAUGGGAGUGUGUUAAGGGAUGGAGCCCAGGGCAAUGGGAGUGUGUUAUGGUAUGGAGCCCAGGGCAAUGGGAGUGUGUUAUGGUAUAGAUCCCAGGGCAAUGGGAGUGUGUUCUGGUAUGGAGCCCAGGGCAAUGGGAGUGUGUUAAUGUAUGGAGCCCAGGGCAAUGGGAGUGUGUUAUGGUAUAGAUCCCAGGGCAAUGGGAGUGUGUUCUGGUAUGGAGCCCAGGGCAAUGGGAGUGUGUUAUGGUAUGGAGCCCAGGGCAAUGGGAGUGUGUUAUGGUAUGGAGCCCAGGGCAAUGGGAGUGUGUUAUGGUAUGGAGCCCAGGGCAAUGGGAGUGUGUUAAGGGAUGGAGCCCAGGGCAAUGGGAGUGUGUUAUGGUAUGGAGCCCAGGGCAAUGGGAGUGUGUUAUGGUAUGGAGCCCAGGGCAAUGGGAGUGUGUUAUGGUAUGGAGCCCAGGGCAAUGGGAGUGUGUUAAGGUAUGGAGCCCAGGGCAAUGGGAGUGUGUUAAGGGGUCCCCAACAGCAUCGGUUAUGUGUGUGUGUGGUCCCCAACAACGUGUGUCUGCAUUUGCAAAUGCAAAUUUGAGUGAGUCCUUGGUAAAUUCUGUGUCACUUGUUUACCCAGUUUUCAUUCAUUCAUGCAUAAACUUCUCCUUGGUUUGUCUCUGUGUAGAUGGCAGAGUUGGAGAAGAGGCUUGCAGAGCUGGAGACGGCUGUGGGUUCUGGAUCAGACAAACCGGGACCUCUGAGUGCUGGGGUGCAGGGAGGCAGUCUCAUGGUGAGUCUAUUCUGUCUACCACCUUGGUCCCAUUCAGUAGGUCAAAACAGGAUCAUUUUUUUCUUGUGCCAACUGAACUCAAUCAAUCCAAUUUUGUUCAUUUAAAAAAAAAAUUGCAUGAGCCACAAUGUCAGAAAGUACGGUAACCCUGACCUGAUCAUCAAUCACUGUUAGCCCUGUGACUGAACGCUCGCUCUCUCGCUCUCUCUGUCUCUCUCUCUCUGUCUCCCUCUCUCUCUCUGUCUCCCUCUCUCUCUCUGUCUCCCUCUCUCUCUCUGUCUCUCUCUCUCUCUCUCUGUCUCUCUCUCUGUCUCUCUCUCUGUCUCUCUCUGUCUCUCUCUCUGUCUCUCUCUCUGUCUCUCUCUCUGUCUCUCUCUCUGUCUCUGUCUCUCUCUCUGUCUCUCUCUCUGUCUCUCUCUCUGUCUCUCUCUGUCUCUCUCUGUCCUCCAGGACACUAUGGAGAUGCUGCAGGCGAGGGUCAGUGCUCUGGACUCAGCCACUCUGGACCAGGUGGAAGCCAGGCUGCAGGUAACGUUGUGGAUCAGCAGAAUCAUAACCAUCAGGGGUUGGGAAUGCCAAACUGACCUCGUAUCAGUCUAGCAGCAAUCGAUGUCACACUACUUUGCAGAGAACACCCAAGGACAAGAUGGGCUGAUCUUUUUUGUGUUUGUUAUAAUGCGAAAAGUGAACAUGGUUAUUGUGUGAUUUGUGUUUGUGUUUUCUCUGUAUAGAGCGUCCUUGGGAAGAUGAAUGAGAUUGCGAAGCACAAGGCAACCAUUGAAGAUGCUGGCACACAGAACAAGGUUAGUCCAGCUUUUUAUGUUGAGGUUUAGAAGUAAUGUAAGAGUUUAUGACAUCUUAUUUCACACAGUAAUUAGGUUAUCCCUAUGGCCAGGAGGUUUUCCUAACCACCUGACCUGACCAGGAGAACCUCUCGGCUCUACAGUAGUUAUCUCCUGUAGAUGAAACCUUGACAAUCCACCACCAAACUCGGACUGCAUUUUUCAGCAACUCAUUCCUUGGACUCUGCCGUCUCCGUUUACCCCCAACCUUAUCAUUAUUGGGUAUGUGUUAUUUCCAUCAACAACUUGUUCCGUGUUGUCUUGUCUGUCAGGUGUCUCAGCUGUAUGACGUGGUGCAGAAGUGGGACGCCAUGGCAACCUCUUUGCCUCAGGUGGUGCAGAGGCUCAUGGCUGUCAAGGAGUUGCAUGAACAAGGUAAUCACCUGCCAAUCACCUGGCUUUCAGACCUGGCUCAGAAACAUACUGACCUGCCAAUCACCUGGCUUUCAGACCUGGCUCAGAAACAUACUGACCUGCCAAUCACCUGGCUUUCAGAUCUGGCUCAGAAAUAUACUGACCUGCCAAUCACCUGGCUUUCAGACCUGGCUCAGAAACAUACUGACCUGCCAAUCACCUGGCUUUCAGACCUGGCUCAGAAACAUACUGACCUGCCAAUCACCUGGCUUUCAGACCUGGCUCAGAAACAUACUGACCUGCCAAUCACCUGGCUUUCAGACCUGGCUCAGAAACAUACUGACCUGCCAAUCACCUGGCUUUCAGACCUGGCUCAGAAACAUACUGACCUGCCAAUCACCUGGCUUUCAGACCUGGCUCAGAAACAUACUGACCUGCCAAUCACCUGGCUUUCAGACCUGGCUCAGAAACAUACUGACCUGCCAAUCACCUGGCUUUCAGACCUGGCUCAGAAACAUUGAAAAUACUCACAUUUAACUUGCAGGUGUGGCAGUUAGAAAAACAAAUUUAAAGGAACGAGUAAAGUCCACAACUCUGAUAUGCUUUGAAAAUGUUACCCACUUGUUUUUAGUUGUCUGUUCUUUGACUCCGUGUGAUGUCUUGUAUCUGGGUUGUAGCGAUGUGGUUUGUCUGACUCUCUCUGUCACCAUGUUGUGAUUGAUUUAUGAUGCUGCUCUCUGCCAGUGUAACGUCUAAGCUUUUACUUGUGUAUGAUUAUCUGUAGCCAUGCAGUUUGGGCAGCUGCUGACCCACCUGGACACCACCCAGCAGAUGAUCAACAACUCUCUGAAGGACAACGGGACACUGCUCUCACAGGUAGGAGACACAGUGACACAUCUCACACUGCUCUGAGGUAGGAGACACAGUGACACAUCUCACACUGCUCUGAGGUAGGAGACACAGUGACACAUCUCACACUGCUCUGAGGUAGGAGACACAGUGACACAUCUCACACUGCUCUGAGGUAGGUUGGACUGCUGCUGGGACUGUCAUGUGACUUUAACCUUUUCACACCAUUGAGCCAAGCUGUACUGCACUGGCCUGGUUACACAUCAAUCAUAGUUGCUGUAACUGUGCUGGAAAGGAUAAAGCUAAGAACAUUAACAACUUCAUAGUUACCAGUGGUGCAAAGUACUUAAGUAGUACUUUAAAGUAUUUUAACUUAAAUCGUUUUUUUUGGGUAUCUGUACUUUACUAUUUAUUUAUAUUUUUGAAUACUUUUACCCCGCUACAUUCCUAAAGAAAAUCAUGUACUUUUUACUCCAAUACAUUUUUCUCUGACACAAAGUACUCGUUACAUUUUGAAUGCUUAGCAGAACAGGAAAAUUGUCCAAUUAACACAUUUAUCAAGAGAACAUCCCUGGUCAUCCCUACUGCCUCUGAUCUGGCGGACUCACUAAACACGCAUGCAUAGUUUUAUAAAUGAUGUCUGAGUUUUGGAGUGUGUCCCUGGCUAUCCGUAAAUAAAAGAAGACUAAAAGUGUGCCCUCUGGUUUGCUUAAUAUAAGGAAUUUGAAAUGAUUUAUAUAUUUUACUUUUGACACUUUAAAUAUGCAGAACAAAAAUAUAAAUGCAACAUGCAACAAUUUAAUUGAUUUUACUGAGUUACAGUUCAUAUGAGGAAAUCAGUCAAUUGAAAUAUAUCCAUUAGGCCCUAAAUCUAUGGAUUUCACAUGAAUGGGAAUACAGAUAUGCAUCUGUUGGUCACAGAUACCUUAAACAUGGGCCUCACAAUGGGCCUCGGGAUCUCGUCACGGUAUUUCUGUGCAUUCAAAUUGCCAUCGAUAAAAUGCAGUUGUGUUCGUUGUCUGUAGCUUAUGCCUGCCAUACCAUAACCCCACCACCAGCAUGGGGUACUCUGUUCACAACGUUGACAUCAGCAAACCGCUUGCCCACACGACGCAAUACACGUGGUCUGCGGUUGUGAGGCCGGUUGGACGUACUGCCAAAUUCUCUAAAACGACUUUGGGGGCGGCUUAUAGUAGAGAAAUGAACAUUCAAUUUUCUGGCAACAGCUCUGGUGGACAUUCCUGCAGUCAGCAUACCAAUUGCACAAUCCCUCAACUUGAGACAUCUGUGGCAUUGUCGUGACGUGACUUAGGGCAAGUCAUGACAAUUGUGUUGUGUGACCAAACUGCACAUUUUAGUGGCCUUUUAUUGUCCCCAGCACAAGGUGCACCUGUGUAAUGAUCAUGCUGUUUAAUCACCUUCUUGAUAUGCCACACCUGUCAGGUGGAUGGAUUAUCUUGGCAAAGGAUAAAUGCUCAUUAACAGGGAUGUAAACAAAUUUGUGCACAAAACUUGAGAGAAAUACGCUUUUUGCACAUAUGGAACAUUUCUGGGUUAUUUUAUUUCAGCUCAUGAAACAUGGGACCAACAGUUUUAUAUGUUGUGUUUAUAUUUUUGUUUAGUGUAGAUUUAAAACCAAAUAUUUUUACUUAAGUAGUAUUUUACUGCGUGACUUUUACUUGAGUCAUUUUCUAGUAAGGUGUCAUACUUGAGUGAAAGUACAUUUACAUUUACAUUUUAGUCAUUUAGCAGACGCUCUUAUCCAGAGCGACUUACAGGAGCAAUUAGGGUUAAGUGCCUUGCUCAAGGGCACAUUAACGUCAUUUAGCAGACGCUCUUAGCCAGAGCGACUCGCAAAUUGGUGCGUUCACCCUAUAGCCAGUGGGAUAACCACUUUACAAAAGUAAAGAUACUUAGGUACUUUUUCCACCACUGAUAGUUAAGAACACUAACGAUAUGGAAGAAAAUGUAACCAAUAUCACUCCCUAAAAACACAACCUUAUGGAACAAUCCUUCGAUAGCUUUUCAGAAUUCACCGAUAAUUUGGUCCACAUGGAAAACUGCAUAGAACCCGUAAAUGACUUGGAAAUAGUAAAUAAAUGUAUUUCCAUGACAGAAUUUAAAAAGCAGUUUUUGACUGACCAAUGUAGAUAUUUUCAAAUGCAUACGACUGAAAAGUUUCAUAUCAAGAAAUUGAUUUGAAAUCUUUUGGACAUCAGAGCAGUCUUGAGGGAACCAUAUUUGAGUCAGGAAAGGAUAUUCAUAUGAUAGGCUCUCUGCAAGGUUUUGUAUAUCUCACCUAUCAAACUGACAAUCUCUUAGGGGGAAAAAAAUAUAAACUCCUGGAACCAAGACUUAAAAAGAACUGAUAUUGGCACAAGAUGGAGGGAAUGAUGGAACAUAAUAACGAAAUAACAGUUAAAGAAAAUGUAGACUUAGUCCAGUAUAAACGAAUAUAUAUAAUUUAUUACACAAGACAAAAUUAACAUUCUACAGCACAACGGCAUAUUCAUGUCUUAAGUGUAAAAAUAACAACGACUGACUCAAUAAUCCAUGCCCUCUGGGAGUGCUAUAAAGUCCAAAAGUGAUGGGUGGACUUAGAAGUUACAAUUUAAAUGUACUCAUCUUUCCCUCUCCCCCUUUCCCAGGUGCAGAUAACCAUGAAGGAGAAUCUCCUGUCUGUAGAGGAUAACUUUGCUGCUCUGGACCAGAGAAUGAAGACGCUCAACAAAUAAAUGUUUCUUUUUUUUUUUUAAACGUCUGUCAGGACAGUUGGGCAAAUUGAGGGAGUGGAGGGUCUUCUUUCACUCUUCUUCCACCUCUGCCUUCUUGUUUCUCAAAGCGUAAUGUUUGAUUUGAAAGUUAAAACAACAACAACAAAAAAUCAUACUAUUCUAAAAUGGACACAAUGUUCUUGUCUAUUUUCCCCUUCUUCCACAUCCCACAUCUCUCUCCCAUAUGAAGUCUUUCAUUUGGUAUCAAAUGCAAUGCAUUACACCCAAUAUAUAUAUAUAUAUAAACAAACGUCACAUAUGAUUAUUCCCUUCAAAGCUCAAUGGCUUUCAGACUUAAUUUUUUUCUCUCAAUUAAAAAUCUUCCUCCAUGUCCUUUCAACCUGUUCAUCCACACUAGUUUUAGGGAAGUGCUACAACAUUCAAUCAGCUAAGUAAUUUAAUUGAAUGUCCAAUUUGAGGGCUCAGGAAGUGGAAUAGCAUGUCCAGAGAAAAUACGUGUCUACAACAUUACUGCACAAAAACAAACAACCAAUGCCGAUUGUCCACCCUUUUCCCCAAAAGUAUACACUUUGCACACUUCCCGUCGUGGAUUUAACAAUAGUGGAAACUCCCUCCAGUUAAUGCUUACACCAAUCCAAUGACGGGAGGUAUGCAAGUGCACGCUUUGGGAGAAGGGUGAAGAAUCGGGACAUGUCGUCAGUCAGAAAGACGAUGUAUGGACAUGUAGCAGGAAUGCAUACCUGUGUGCUUUUGGGGGGGCCUGAAGUCCUGGAGGGAUGCUUGUAAAUAUGCCUGUGUACCUUAAAUGUUUCAUGCUCAGUUGCUUGUAACUUAUUAUUAUUAUUGUGACUGAGACUAAAAUACCACCGACACAUUACUUUUUAUCUGCUGCCUACGAGGGACUGUACAGUACCUGGCUGUCUGUGGUGGGGAUAUCAUCUGAAUAAACAACUACACUCACUCUUCUACAGAGAGAGAACUUGUGAAACAUGGAUCUGGUAUAAAACAAUUGAAUCUGUUAAAUAAAAUCAAGUCCCUUUUAAUAAAAACUACAGUUCAAAGUAUUCUCUGCCUAAGUGUCAAUAUGAUGCUAAAUGGUCUUCAGGGAAAAGAUAGUUUACAUAAAAUAAAUACUACAUUUAUACAAAGUCAAGAUUAAAAAUAGCAUAGUUAUGUUUAUUAUAAUUAUUUGAAUAGUAAUAUGUGCCUAAAAAGCCUGUUGCAUGCUUCCCAGUCGAAACAGUUCGCGCAUAUAAUAUGGAGAAAUGUUGUGACGUUUUGGUUUUUGGGCAGGGUUCAAGAACCGUUCAUGCACUGAGCUCUAAUAAGAACCGUUUAUGCACUGAACUAUAAUAAGAACCGUUCAUGCACUGAGCUAUAAUAAGAACCGUUCAUACACUGAGCUAUAAUAAGAACCGUUCAUACACUGAGCUAUAAUAAGAACCGUUCAUACACUGAGCUAUAAUAAGAACCGUUCAUACACUGAGCUAUAAUAAGAACCGUUCAUACACUGAGCUAUAAUAAGAACCGUUCAUACACUGAGCUAUAAUAAGAACCGUUCAUGCACUGAGCUAUAAUAAGAACCCUUCAUGCACUGAGCUAUAAUAAGAACCGUUCAUACACUGAGCUAUAAUAAGAACCGUUCAUACACUGAGCUAUAAUAAGAACCGUUCAUACACUGAGCUAUAAUAAGAACUGUUCAUGCACUGAGCUAUAAUAAGAACCGUUCAUACACUGAGCUAUAAUAAGUACCGUUCAUACACUGAGCUAUAAUAAGAACCGUUCAUACACUGAGCUAUAAUAAGAACCGUUCAUGCACUGAGCUAUAAUAAGAACCGUUCAUACACUGAGCUAGUGGUUAACGUAGUGGUUAAGAGCGUUGUGCCAGUAACCGAAAGGUCGCUGGUUCUAAUCCCCGAGCCGACUAGGUGAAAAAUCUGUCGAUGUGCCCUUGAGCAAGGCACUUAACCCUAAUUGCUCCUGUAAGUCGCUCUGGAUAAGAGCGUCUGCUAAAUGACCAAUUUAUUAUUUAUUUAUAAGAACCAUUCAUACACUGAGCUAUAAUAAGAACCGUUCAUGCACUGAGCUAUAAUAAGAACCGUUCAUACACUGAGCUAUAAUAAGAACCGUUCAUACAUUGAGCUAUAAUAAGCACCGUUCAUACACUGAGCUAUAAUAAGCACCGUUCAUACACUGAGCUAUAACAAGAACCGUUCAUACACUGAGCUAUAAUAAGAACCGUUCAUACACUGAGCUAUAAUAAGAACCGUUCAUGCACUGAGCUAUAAUAAGAACCGUUCAUACACUGAGCUAUAAUAAGAACCGUUCAUGCACUGAGCUAUAAUAAGAACCGUUCAUACACUGAGCUAUAAUAAGAACCGUUCAUGCACUGAGCUAUAAUAAGAACCGUUCAUGCACUGAGCUAUAAUAAGAACCGUUCAUGCACUGAGCUAUAAUAAGAACCGUUCAUGCACUGAGCUAUAAUAAGAACCGUUCAUACACUGAGCUAUAAUAAGAACCGUUCAUGCACUGAGCUAUAAGAACCGUUCAUACACUGAGCUAUAAUAAGAACUGUUCAUACACUGAGCUAUAAUAAGAACCGUUCAUACACUGAGCUAUAAUAAGAACCGUUCAUACACUGAGCUAUAAUAAGAACCGUUCAUACACUGAGCUAUAAUAAGAACCGUUCAUACACUGAGCUAUAAUAAGAACCGUUCAUACACUGAGCUAUAAUAAGAACCGUUCAUGCACUGAGCUAUAAUAAGAACCGUUCAUGCACUGAGCUAUAAUAAGAACCGUUCAUACACUGAGCUAUAAUAAGAACCGUUCAUGCACUGAGCUAUAAUAAGAACCGUUCAUACACUGAGCUAUAAUAAGAACCGUUCAUACACUGAGCUAUAUAAUAAGCACCGUUCAUACACUGAGCUAUAAUAAGAACCGUUCAUACACUGAGCUAUAAUAAGAACCGUUCAUACACUGAGCUAUAAUAAGAACCGUUCAUACACUGAGCUAUAAUAAGAACCGUUCAUACACUGAGCUAUAAUAAGAACCGUUCAUACACUGAGCUAUAAUAAGAACCGUUCAUACACUGAGCUAUAAUAAGAACCGUUCAUACACUGAGCUAUAAUAAGAACCGUUCGUGCACGACAUUUUUUCGGUAGCCGAAGUCUACGCCCCUUCAUCGGUGAUUGGUCAACAGUACUACUAGUAGGAGUGGGAACAUGAAGUGUCAUUCGAGACGACUAGUUUUGAUACAAAAUGUUUCACUUCAGAAAUGCUGCACCAAACAUUUUAGCUAGAUGUAAAAUUGCGCGACUAAAACACCGCGGCAAAAACGUAAACAUGAAUGACAGAUUUCUUACUCUUAGAUUAAUUUAGACUAAGUGUUUUCUGGUUUUGUUGCUACUAAGGUGUCUCAUUGGUGACAAACAACUGUAAUAUUGCCGUUUUUUUUUCUCGUUUUUCAAACUAAAGUCUUUAGGGAGUAUGAGAGCACAUACGUUCGCUUCGCCUAGCCGAGUUAGUUGAUAAGACUGACAGUUGCUGUAAAACAUGACAUGAUUUAGACUUGAUUCCAAUGCUACAAAAUUGUUGACUUCUCAAUUCCCUUAUAUCAACGUAACACAGACUAAAUAAAUCAACCACAUUCACAGGAGGGCCAAAUAGAGAAGGUAAAAAUGGCCCCUUACCCAUAAUCUCUCAUGGACAGACUACGUAAAUCUGACCAAUUACGCGAAACUUUGUUCAGGGUUAACCGAUAUUACCUUUACCCCUAAUCCAGGGUCACAUAUUUUUGCGCCCCUAAAAAUUGAGGCUAUGAUUAGGGAUAGGGUAAACUGAUUCUAGAUCCGUGGUUAGAGCCAGGCAACUUGUUACUCGACUGUUCUAGUCAUGAUUACUCAUGUUUGUAAUGGUGCUACAUGGCCAGUAGAGGGCAGCAUAGACCCUUAUAAAAAGCUUAAUAUGAGUUCAUUGGGUUCAUGCGGUAGGGUUCAGCUUUUCACCACUCACUCCAUCAUUGCCAACUGCAGCAGUGCUGCCCAGAUACAGUGCCAUUGAACUUUGAACCUUUUUGGAUAUUUUAGCCAUCAUUCAAGUAUAUUUACUAAAACCCUGAUGUAGAAUAGGUAUAAGGCUAAUGAUGAUCUGAUAUGUGUUGUGAGUGGUGGUAGUGCUGAUGUUUGAAGCAGCCAGGUUGAUCAGGUGAUAUAGCCUAGUAUCUAUCUGAUCGGCUGUGGGACAAUGAAAACUAUCAGUAAAAUCUCUUGCCCCUCGUCGACCUCUGGCUGGCCUUAUCACUGUAGUGCUUUUCCCCUGACAUCCUCGGCAGUGCUCGUUUCUUCUUCUUCUUCUCAGCAUCCUUGAAGUCCGCGUGGGUAUUCUCUCCCCCCCCCCCCCGUACACGGCUGAUGUGAUCUGUCCGUUCAAUCUCAGAGGGAGCAUCCUCCCAAACUUUGUUCAGUCGCCCAACUCUGCCUUUGGGUUUGCUUAG